AUAUCCAGACCAUUUUCGGUCUGAAUAUUGUGGACUUGCUUGUAACUUUUAAAAGUUCCGUCUCCCAACAGGCGUCAUUCUAUAAAUAUAUCCAGACCGUUUUCGGUCCGAAUAUUUUGGACUUGCUUGUAACUUUUAAAAGUUUCGUCUCCCAACAGGCAAGGGAAAGAAAGUGAGGGAGAAGGGAAGUAGAAAAAAAAAAAGGAAGAAAAAGAAGGAGACGGGAGGCAGAAAGAGAGGAAGAAAGGAAAAGAAAGAGAGGAAGAAGAGGAAAUGAGAAAACGGAAGAGAAGUGGUGAUAUAUAUAAGACUUAUACAGACCGAAAUCGGUCCGUAUAAUCCUAAUUGGCGCGCCACACCAAAAAAUUUCAAUUUUUUCGGAAAAAUUUCAAUUUUUCCAGGAAAAUUUUUGGUGCAUUAAUCAUAUUCAGACUGAAAUCGGUCUGAAUAUAAAUAAAUUACCGCAUAAUCAAUAAGAUUCAAAUUAACGGCAAAAAUUUGGCGCAUAAAUUAAUUACGGACCGAUUUCGGUCCGAAUAUAUUCGUAAAAAAUCUUCCACUGCACAUUUUUAUUCUUUUCAUUUAAGGACAUUACCAUCUUCUCGUGUUCUAAAUCCAUUCCUGCGAAAACCAAUUGCAUGUACAUCGACCCUACAGUCCCUUGGAACCACAAAACCAUCGAUUGUCUAGCUGAAUGUCACGCCCCAGAACCCAAAUCCGAGGCGCGACAGACGCCGUGCACUCGUGAGUGGGUCCCACAAAUGCACAAGACUCGGAACUUAUCCAAUUCACAUUUGAUACCACAAAAAUCUAAAGAUCAAAUUUAUAACUUCUCUGGUAUCAUAAAAUCUCCAAUCACAAUCUAGCUUACAAUAUCAUCAUUUAUAUCUAAGAUCCAUAUUCAAAUUACAGGUAGCUAGCCUUCUAACUCGUCACUCCCCUUGGUUUCCCCGUCCUCGGUUUCGCUUCCUGAAAUGGUGGACAAGGAAAACUAUAAGAUAACUCAGUAAGUAAAUAUGGAUAGCCCUUGGGUAAAACUUUUAGCAUGCCAGAUAAACCAUGUAAGUAUAACAGAACUUUCACUGAUAAACUGUUAAUGCGGAA